AACUGAACUGGAUUUCACUCAAGUCCUCUUCAUAUAUCGGAUCGAAAUACACCAAUAUAUAUCUGCCAGGGGCUACUAAUUGUACACUAAAGCAGCUAUGCACAAGGUAUAAUCUCAGUGGUCCAGAUAGCAAGCUUAUACUAUCUGAUAUCGAAUCCCUUUUGUUGCUGUUCUCUAUCUGAUAUAUACACUCGAGAAGUACAAUAUCCUUACUGCUAUUUCAUAUAUACGGAGUUGACUUCAGUAUCUCUCAACUGUAUCUCGCGUUUGAUUGCUCAGGAAACAUUCAAUUCAUGAAAGUUGGCUACUGCAUACGUCAUUGAGCAUCGUUAUGUUAAAUGCUUGAUUUCACUGCCACUCAGUUCUUUCAAUCACCGAACUUGUGCUUGAUCCAUAUCGAGACUCGCUUCUGCAUUUCUUCUUAUACAAGCUUCUUUCUCACUGACCUUUCAGUCCAAAAUUCCCACUGCACGUUUACUUCUACUUUACCGUCAUCUACAUUAUCAUGUCUCAAACCCUCGAUAUCCAGCUACAGAACCGUUACCCUUCAGAUGAAGUGUAUGCUUAUAUCACGGGACUAGCACUAAACAACAAUAAUCGUGUCUUUCUACUAAAGGCCGAUGGAAAGACGCCAUAUUAUCCCGGGUCACCACCACGUACCGUUUAUCCACUUUCAGCAGACUGUGCUAUUAAACUAGGUAGGCAAGGCAGUAUUACUAUUGCUACAAUCCCGCUGCUUGCUGGAGGAAGAAUCUGGUUUUCAAUAGGGAAGAAGCUGGAGUUCUUCGUUAAUCCGGGGCCGGCAUUGGUUGAGCCAUCUGUUACCAAUCCUUCUGAUCACAAUAUCAAUACCAACUGGGCCUUUUGCGAGUUCACAUUCAAUCAAACCCAAAUCUAUGCCAAUAUAAGGUCCUUUUACCUACCACAUGAUACCUUUCAAAAUCGCUAAUAUGGAACAGCUAUGUCGACUUUGUCAGUCUGCCAGUCUCUAUGAAACUUAUCACUGAAAAUGGUGGGCCACAAGAAAUUAGAGGAUUGAAACCAGAUGGUCUAGAGACUAUAUGUGAAGGUUUAAAGACACAAAGUCGAGCCGACGGAGCAGGAUGGGAUAAGUUAAUUGUAGAAUCUGGUGGUCAGAAACUUCGAGUAUUAAGCCCCAAUCAUGAACCAGGCUUCAGUGGUUACUAUGAACCCUACGUGGAUGAAGUGUGGGACAAAUAUAGCAAAACACCAUUAAUUGUCGACACACAAGCGGAAUGGAGAGAGGUCGAGGGCCGGGUAUGCAACGGGCAAUUAACAUUUCCAGGUCUGGCAACAUUUUCGAAACCAUCUACCGCAGACAUCUUCAGUUGUAGCUCUGGUCCCUUUGCCAACAAUGCUGGAGCGACGGGACCACUCACUGCUCGCAUUAGUGCGGCGUUGAAUCGGUCGACAUUGUUAAGCAAUAAUCACCAUCCCACCAACGAAAGAGUAGCAGAGUAUUAUCGCAAUAACAUCACCAAUCACUAUGCUCGACUUGUUCAUGAGGCAAAUCACCAUGGUCGUGGAUAUGCUUUUCCAUACGAUGAUGUCUCUUCUGGUAAAGAGACAGAUCAGUCUGGUUUCGUAAGCGGAUGGCCAAAAUCAUUCAUCGUAUCUAUUGGUUGAGGCUGAGCGAUAUCUGACAUACAUCCGGGUCAUUAUCCUUGAUCUUCUUGUGAUCCACCGGGUGAUACUCCCAAAAAUGUCAUCUCGAUGCAUUUAUUCGUCUUUUCAAAGGCCAUUGGAUGGCCGUUUACUCAUGUAAUGCUAUUGAUAAAGUUGCAGGAAGAUCUUGGGAUUAUGACAUUAUUAAUUCCGAAGAAUGCUAUAUAAGAUCCGAAAUGAUAGACACAAAAUUAAGCGUACAUCAUCGCCAAAGAUGGAAUCCAACUUAUAUAAACCAUCAAACCAUUGAUAUUAA